CACGAGUCUCAGUCGAUUACAAGAUUUCUUUAUAAAGUAACGUGCAUCGAAGGAAGUCAAGUGAUUGGUAGACAGUAUUAAAUUCAUAUUAUUAAAGUCUGCUGGCAGUGAAAUAUCGGCGUUCCUACAAUUAAAACCUUUUUCAACUAAUUCUUAAAUUUGACUUAGCGCUCAGCGGACUGUCAUAUGCCGUCUGAAUAUUAAUAGUGAAGGUGCCAACCUUCACCCAUUUCUCUGCUCAAAUAUUACUAAAAAACUGGAAUAAUUUUUACUAAAUACAAAAUUGACCAUUGAAACGAGAUCAGUAUUCCUCGCAGUCAUAAUUGACAGCUUGUGACCUCAGGAACGACCACCACAAAUUGUAGAAGGGUUGAGACUUGAGCAAAGCCGGUGGAUAAAGAUAGGCGAGCAUUGUUACAUUGUUCAGGUGUCAGUCAAGAUAAACCAGCACUAUGAUGCAAGUAAGCACAAUGUACGCCCAAUCUCUGGAGCGUCAGUUAGUAUCAAGACGUUCACAACUGAUCCACAACCUCUCUCGCUCCAGCUGUGGCCAGGUGGAACCGAUGCGACAGGUUGCAGACGCCCCAACUUUGGACCCAUUACCCCCUCGGCCACCACCUCACAGCAAACAAGAGGGAUUACACGGUAGUGAAGUUGACCCCAAGGAGUGUACGGACCGUCUGUGUCGUCUGCCGUCGCAACAUCGAGGAGGACAUAUGUUAGGGUCACCAAGACGACACAAUGCUACGGCGACGGCUGUGUCCGCCGCUCGUCUCACUCAGUCCACGGGCAACCUCACUGUCCAGUCCGACCUCUCACUCCUGAGGAAGAAAGAGGAUCAUGCUUUAUCCCUCUCAGCUCCACAUUCUCCUGUUAUGGACAAAAAAGCUGCGAAAAAGGCCAAGGAGAAGCAAGAAAAGGAAGCCAAAAAGAUGCCUUCCAACUUCAUGCUGCUGACACCAUGGUUCACCAGGCAGAACUCUGAGAAACUCCUGUCACAGGUCCGCUCGGGAGACAUCCUGGAAUUUAAUAUUAAAUUCCACCACCACUGGGGCAUCGCCAUCGUUCACAAGAACAAAAAGCCAAGCUUAGCCACUCUGGAGUUGGCACAUCUUGUGCGGGAUAAGGACGGGCGCCAGAGAGCAGUCCGGCAGCCACUCAAAGACUACUGGCAUGAAGGGGUCACAGCCAGGGUCAACAAUUCCAGAGACGUUCAUAAGCCUCCCCUUGCCGCGGGCGAGGUUACCUCAGCAGCCCUCAAGCUGAUUGUGCAGCCUUACCGCGUGUGGCAGAACUCAGAACAGAUGGUUGUAUCGUGUCGGUAUGGUGAUGGGCAGCGAGCACGCCAGCUGAGCGACGCUGCCAGGUGGGGAUCACUGAGCAGGUGCGUGGGUCUCUGGCUCACCCUCACCUCCUCCACACAUACCUCUCCUACUGGAUCCCCAGGACCACUCAGGAAGAGAACAGUCUCCGUCACUUUCUGAGCAGCGAGCACCUGGCCUAGUAUGGCACCACCACUUGUAUUAAACAUUUUUAUUUGUAAAGGGAAAGGUGUUAUGAAGGUGUAGAUAUUUUUUUUAUGCAAGAAUUUAUUUGCAAUUAUUGUACAGAUAGAUUAUAUUUUGAUUUAUUGUGUGUAAUCUAUAAAUAUACAAGAAAAAUGUCUUCUGAAGAAGCCUAUCAAAUGAAAAUAUUUUUUACAUUUGAUUGGAUUUAUUGUGAAUGGGAUACUUCUAGUCUUUGUAUUUUUUCAAAAAAUGAAAAUGAUAAACUUUGUUGAAAAAUAAUAAAAAUAUGGACAAUUGUACUUCCAUCAACAAAUUAUUUAUGAUGGGAGUAAUACAGAUAUUUCCAAGUUUAUGGUUGAUCAUUUUGUAAAUAGAAAAUUUAUUAUGCUUAUUAUACAUUGUACCUAAAUUAGGAAUUAGAGAACAACAAUGGGUCUUGAGUCACACACACUGUAUAGAACUGUAUUCUGUAGUUUUCUGGUUAGUCUUCAGCUCUUGACUCGUGUUCAAAUUCUGUUGAGAAACUAUGGGUUUGAGAGUAAGCCGUGAGUGAAAAAGUGGAAUUGGAGUAACUUGACCAGUGCCUGGUGUUGCAAGUAACUUGACCAGUGCCUGGUGUUGCAAGUAACUUGACCAGUGCCAGGGGUUAGAAGUGAAGAUGAUUCAGGCUGCCAUCAGCCUUUUCUCUACCACCAGGAAAGUUAUGACACACAAAAUGGCUUACACAGGUUAUGUACAAAAGGCAAAACAAUUGAGAUUGUAUGAAGAAAACCAUAAAUCUUUUUUUGUUGUUGUCUGAAGUCAGAGGAAUAUGGACAAAGUAAAACUUUUGGAUGUUAGCAGCCUGUCUUCACCUGUUUGUGUAUUAGGUUUCAGCUUACAAGGCUUCAUUUUAGCUGAGCAUCGCUAGUCGAGACUAUUUUAAGCCCUAAAAUACAGAUUAAAAAUUAAUCACAAUAUAUACACCGUUAUAGACAUUUGGAAGGUCUGUGCAGUUGAAGAUAAUAUAUGUUUAAAGAAUUUCGUUUUGCUAUUCUAGUUGCAGUAAUGUCAUACACUCUUAUCUCACCAUGCUCUGACACUGAAAAAUUAUUUCUCUCGAGCUAAAAAUGUUUUAUCAUUCCUGAAUCUUGAGCUUCUCUGAGUACAAUUUUCUCUGAGUGAAAGAGCAUCAAUUUUGCUACUAGGCUUUACUUGCCACUUUAUAUGAUUAUAUAUAU